AAAAAUUGAUUGUGCCUGUCCACAUACUAUAUAUAUACGCCAUUUUUUGUUGUUUCUGAAGACGGGAGAAACGCACUGCCCAAACAGCCCAUGCAGUGCUUUAAUGGAGAACCAUGUAUUAAAUAAAAAAUACAUGGUUAAAAUUAAAGAACAAAAAAAGAAAACAAAAACGGAUGGCUGAAGUUUGAGUGGUGCGAAACGGCAUCGUUCACAUCAAUCAACACUUUCAUAAUAAAACAAGCAGGCAAUUUCCUCCCAUUAGCAAUCCACUCGGGAGAGAAAGGGCCCAUAAAAAAAGCUCUCUCCCGAAAUAUAGAAUCCAUCUUCCAAUGCCGUCUCAGCUUCUCACCGCCCCGUUCCUCCUCCUCUCCAUUCUCGUCUCCUCCGCCGCCUCUUUUGAGCCUCUCAUCCAGCUCCCGAAAGCAAUAACAACAAACGACCGAAAAUCCAACGUCGACAACGAAGUUUUCUGUGCCAGCUGGCAUUUAUCCGUCGAGACCAACAACGCCGGAAGCUGGAACAAAAUCCCCUCCCGUUGCCUUUCCUUCGUCCAAGACUACAUCACCAGUCAACGCUACGUUUCCGACUUCGAGAUCGUCGCUAAUUUCUCUCUCGCUUACGCCUCCUCCGUCGAGAUCGCAGGCGACGGGAAGGACGCCUGGAUUUUCGACGUCGAUGAGACUUUGUUGACGAAUUUACCCUACUAUCAGGCCCAUGGAUUCGGAUCAGAAACUUUUAAUGAGACUUCUUGGGAUGCAUGGGUAGACUUAGCUGAGGCCCCAGCAAUGCAUGCGAGUUUGAAAUUGUAUAAUGAGCUGAAGCGGAUGGGAUUCAAAAUAUUUGUGCUUACCGGGCGGAGUGAAAAUCAGAGGAAUGCCACUGGAAAGAAUCUUAUGUGGGCAGGGUUCAACGGCUGGGAAAGGCUUCUAUUGAGAGGACCUUCAGACGGAGGGACACCAGCAAUCGUAUACAAAUCUGAGAGGAGAUCAGUUCUGGUAAAUGAAGGUUACAGGAUUCAUGGGAGUUCUGGAGAUCAGUGGAGUGACUUGCUGGGUUUUGCAUUGGCAAAACGGUCCUUUAAACUGCCAAAUCCUAUGUAUUACGUUGGCUAAACACUAUAAAGCAAUUGUCAAAUAUGUGGUGUAAUUUUUUACUUCCUGUCAUGUGACACUUUUUGCUUGUAUAAAUUUCAUGGCCAACUUACGUACUUGUUACCAUUGAGAACCUUGUUUGAAUUGGAAUUCUAGGAAUUGAAAUUCUUUUCU